UGUGGACUUUUUUGUUAUUGCUCUCGGCCGGUGCAACUUGGCGAUUAUCAACUGUUGCUCGGCGCUGCUCUGGUUAGUGUAUUAUUCGGCCGUGAGAUAAUUGCAAAGAGUGAUUCAGUUGAGUCAGCUGGUGGAAAACGUUGUCUUGAGAUAGUGGACGCGGGUGUGUGGUUUAGUCAAAGUGAACGACAGACAGAACGCGAAACCUUUCGUGGAAUAAGGAUUACUGAUAAUAUCUGCUCAUCGCGGAUCGACAUUAUCACGCGCUGGCUCCCUACGUCCGAUGGCCUCAUUGUGGAGAUCUAUAGUGGAGUCGAUUAGACCCGAACAGUCAGAGUCUACAGAUCAAGUGGACAGAGAAGCGCCUGAGGCGAAUGAGCAAAAUGACAAUCAAGAAGAGCAAGCUGAUGACAGCAGCGAGGAAGUCGACAUUAUAGCAGACGAUCAAACACCACCUCCAUUUCCAGCACUGAAUUCAGCGCAACGAGCGUCUGCGGUUGGUGAAGCUCGCGUUGUCGAUAGCCCGCGAGAUCAAGGCCAGAGUCCUGCCAGAGCCAUGGGCCCGCCUUCACUAACGCCUGCUCCGCAACGAAAUCCACAAGCAUCAGCACGAACAGCUCGUCAGGGACCUCCUGGUCGGCUUGCACCUGCAACUUCAUCUACUUCAGGCCUGGGUUCACAGCCGUCGAACGGGUCGCGACCGCUUCCGGUUUUCAAUUUCUCAAACGUCACUCCUUCAGCGCGGAGCAGGCCAACCCCACAGUCCUCAUCCAGUCUCCCCGCUCCAACUACAGCACCCUCAUCUCUCGCCCAAGCGCGACGGAAACGCGAGAAGGUCGCGCUCGAGCCGGGGUAUUCUCAGCUCGACUGGGCAAACUUAAAGAAUAGCGGCAAAGAUCUGAGCGGGCGGCCGCCGGGCGUUCCGCCGGUUCGGAUUACGCUUGAAGAGCUCAAGAAGCACUCGAAACCGGAGGAUGCGUGGACGGCUUUGGGGGGCAAGGUGUACAACCUGACGCCGUACUUGCGAUUCCACCCAGGCGGAGUGAAAGAGACUAUGAGGUGUGCCGGAAAGGACGGCACGCAUUUGUUUAAUAUUACGCAUAUGUGGGUCAACUAUGAUAGAAUGCUGGCCAAUUGUUUUAUAGGCUACCUCGUUCCGCCAGGAGUUAAUUGAACAUACGAAGACGGUCUACGGCAAACACACCAAUGCCAAAAACACGUAAACAGUAAAUAUCGCUGGACAUCUCAUUGCCGUAAGUAGAAAGUCGGCAUAAGCGUGACGGUGCUGGGUGCAUAAUCAGGAUAAGGGCAUUUACUCCCA